CCACAUGCUGUCAGUAGCUGGAGACGCUGAGCUCCAGAGGAGCGCAGCGCGCCGCACCGAGAGCGCACGGCAACUUGCAGAGAACACUACUCUAGUUUUCCAUCGCUUCUUUUUAAAAUCAUCUAUGGACAUUUAAAAUUCUGCCAAAUCUCAUCCUUUGGAGCAUUUUUAUUUUCCUUAAAUGAGCAUGACGGUUGCUGUUCAUUUGACUGAUUUCACUUGAGGCUACAGGAGAGAAAGCGAAAUGGAGACGUUUACAAUACAUGACAUUCUCAUAAAUUCAACUGAUCUGAACAAGAUUUUGUGCAAUUUUGGCAUCAAGAAUAUUUCGGAGUGCGAGAACGAACCGGACCCGAACACACCCGAACCUAAAGACAUCAACCAGACUGUACGGAUCGUCCUCUACAGCCUCAUCUUCCUCCUCAGCGUCCUUGGCAACAGCCUCAUCAUCGCCGUCCUGGUGAGAAACCGACGCAUGAGAACCGUCACCAACCUGUUCCUGCUGUCUCUGGCUGUCAGCGACCUGAUGGUGUCCCUGGUCUGCAUCCCCUUUACCCUCAUCCCCAACCUCAUGAGGGACUUCAUCUUCGGCACCGGCAUAUGCAAGCUGGUCAUGUACUUCAUGGGGGUCUCUGUAAGCGUCUCCACCUUCAACUUGGUGGCCAUCUCCCUGGAGCGCUACAGUGCCAUUUGCAACCCGCUGACCUCCAGGGCGUGGCAGACUAAAUCCCACGCCGCUAAGGUCAUCACUGCAACUUGGGUGGCUUCCUUCCUACUGAUGCUGCCCUACCCCAUUUCUAGCACCCUCAAGCCUUUCACCCGCCUCAACAACAGCACCGGCCACAUGUGUCGGCUGGUGUGGCCCAACGACACCAUCCAGCAGUCCUGGUAUGUGUCUCUGUUGCUGCUGCUCUUCCUGAUCCCUGGGAUCGUCAUGAUGACAGCCUAUGGGCUGAUCUCCUUGGAGCUCUACCGGGGCAUCAGGUUUGAGCUGUCCAACAGGAAAUCAAGCAGAGACAGACAAGCCAGCACUGGCAGCAUCAAGCCAGGUGACAGCGAUGGCUGCUACUUGCAGCCGUCUAAAAAGAAGAGCAUAACAGUCAAUGCUGGCAACUUUCCCAACUCCAGCAGCAAGCCCAUGAUGGGGCGUGUGUGCAGCAGCAGCUCAACGUCCAACCUGAUGGCCAAGAAGCGUGUGAUCCGCAUGCUCCUGGUCAUAGUUUUUCUCUUUUUCCUGUGCUGGACCCCCGUCUUCGUGGUCAACGCGUGGCAGGCUUUCGAUCGGCGCUCGGCCUACCGUCUGACCGGUGCUCCCAUCUCCUUCAUCCACCUGUUGUCCUACACCUCGGCCUGCGUCAACCCCAUCAUUUACUGCUUCAUGAACAAGCGCUUUCGCCAGGGCAUGCUGGCCACCUUCACCUGCUGCAGCUGCUUCAGGAGGAGCGGCGGAGGGAGCAGCGGUCUGGGGAGGUCAUCUGGAAGCAGAAUGACUAAAGGGGAAGUGUGCAGAUCGAGAUCAGGGCCAAAGAUCCCUGAGCAGAAUGGUCAUACCCCGCCAAGUGCAGCCAGCACACACUUCACUUACACCGGCAUCCGUGCAUCAGCCUGGAGUGAGUUGACUUAA